AUGACGGACAAACUCCCGCCUAUGCUACUCAGCCUUUUCGCGCCGCGACCACCUUUGCGAUGGGUUGAGCCUAGCGACCACGCGCCCGAGAAACGACAGACUCCCAACAUCGGCGGCAUCGGCCAGUAUAUGCAGGCCUUGAGGGAUUACAAGGAUAAUGAUGGCUACGUGCCUACAGACAGUUGGCUCCAGAAGCGCGACCGCAAGAAACUAGAGAAGAAGGAGAAACAGGAAAAACUGCUUACCGAAGGCGUCCUCGAGUACAAACCCGCCGAAGACCCCAAGGUCCAGGGCGAUGCCUUCAAGACAUUGUUCGUGUCGCGUUUGGCUUACGGCGUGACCUCUGACGACCUCGAGCGCGAAUUUGGUCGUUAUGGUCCGAUUGAAAGGAUCCGAAUCGUCGAAGACAUCACGCAGCCUAGCGAUGCACCCCUCAAGAAGCGCAAGCGCGGCUAUGCCUUCAUCGUCUACGAGCGCGAAAAGGAUAUGAAAGCCGCCUACAAGGAGACCGACGGUAUCAAGAUCAAAGAUCGGCGUGUCCUCGUCGAUGUGGAGCGCGGUCGCACUGUUAGCGGCUGGCGCCCACGUCGAUUUGGCGGUGGACUUGGUGGAAGGAAUUACACCAAGGCUGGACCUGCUCGCGGUCCCUCAGGCCCUGGGGGCUUUGGUCCUCCUUCUGGACCUGGGGGCGGCUUUGGAAGUCGCGGAGGCUUUGGAGGGGGAGGCUUCCGUGGCGGUCGUGGCGGUUUCGGGGGCGAUCGAGGUGGUUUCCGUGGCGGCGGCUUUGGUGGUCCUCGAGGCGGUGGUUUCGGUGGAGGCGGUGGUGGUGGAAGGUCGGGCAUUGGAUACCAGUCAAAUGGUUUCGCGCCCGAUGGUGCCCCUUCGGGACCUCGUGGCGGCGGUCGGGGCGGCUAUGGAGGCGGUGGUGGCGGCGGUGGCCGUCAUGGCGACGAUAGACGUGGUUACGGCGAUCGAAGCGGUGGUUCCAGUGGAGCCAACAACGAACCACUCGGCAACAGAGACCGUGGAAGCUAUCGUGGUGACCGAGACCGCGACCGAGAUCGCGACCGCGACGGUGGGUAUGGCGGCCGGGAUGACCAUGGCUCACGCAAACGUGGCUACGAAGGCGACAAUUACGACGAUCCGAGGACACGACGGAGAUACUGA